AUGGCGUCUCGCCUUGUCAGUAGACGCACGACUGUGGCGUGGCUGUUACGCCAGCCCUCAGCACCGACAUGUGCUCGAUCAGUGGCGACCACGGCAAAGUCUGCUGAGAUGCUGAAAGCGACAAGCCCCGUCGCCCAGCAGCUUCUCCAGACGGGCAUAUGGAAUCGCAGAGGCGGCAAGAGAGCUAGUAGCGCCCCUAAGGCUAUAGAACCUCACAGGGUGAAUAUUGUGAGCCAAGGGCUUUGCGAUGAUAUCAUUAACUACAUGGGCACUUCAUUAGAGCGUCAUCGAGGAUGCGACCUGGUUGAUCUGAAUCCUGGCGUAGGGCUCUGGAGUCGAAAACUUCACGAUUUUUUGGAGCCACGCAAUCACAUCAUGAUGGACCUUGACGCUCAGCUAUACAGCCCAUUUCUCGAGGACCUCAUUUCAAAAAAAAAUGUUCAGCUGAUACCAAAGUCGGGUAUCAUAUGGAAGGACCUCGUUGAGAUGAUCCAGACGAAGCUUUCUCACCAAGAAGUGCUCGCCGACAAGGCAACAGAGCCAAGACGCAACGACACGCUGCUAGUCACAGCCAACUUGUCCACGUUCCCGAAAAAGGCGUUUCUCGGAUUUGACAGCAUCAGCACGAUGGUCAUCUACCAGUUCAUGUCCAGUAUCAAGUCGUCUUCCUUGUUCCAGAAAUACGGCAUGGUGCGCAUGCUCCUGUGGGUCAACGAUGACGAGAAGCGCCGCCUCAUCCCCAAGUCGAUUAACCGUCGCAAGCGAGGCUCCUUUGAGGCCGAACUGGCGUGCGAGUGGGUUCACGAAGUCGCGGGACAAGAGCUGGAAGCCGAGAAUCGACACACGCUCCGCGACGAGUGGAUCAACAAGGAGUCCGGCCUCAAUGUCCUGGCCAGGAUGCAAGCAAAAGGCCUCCAGGUCCCUAAAGGACGGGAGUCGAAGACGUAUAAGGAAUCGCUACAAUCAAAAGACCUUAUGGGCAAGAAGCUGGCUGGAGUCCACGUGCCAGUGGUUGCACGGCCUUUCAAGAAGGAGCUGGAGGAGCUGGAAAGCGAGUUUGAUGAGGAGGAGCAUAUAGGGCUAUUGCCCGACCGACUGAAGGCACUUCGGAGCAGGAAAAAGUACGAGACCAGCCACUUUAGCAUGUAUUUAGAGAUGCUGCAAGAACACGAGAGAAUAUCUGCCAUGGCGACAGGGGAUCCAGCGGCAUUCAAAGAGGCCAACGAGGCCUGGAAUGAAAAAAUCGACAACAUGAAGAAGAACCAGCGGAUGGAGUUCAACGUCCUGAGGGAUGGCUACCAUCUAUUCCGCCAGUCACCCCCAGCAUUGCUCUGGGACCGACGAGAAUACGAGCCGCUGACAGCCAUGCCGGAAGAAUUCUUUCCCAACGCACCGACGGCCCUCCUUGACCUCCAGCCCAAGGCGAUGCAUCCCCUCCUGCGAGAAAUCGGUCCCAACAGCAACCACGCGGGCGACAUAUCGGACAUUAUGCUGCGGUCCUGGUGGAACCAGACGAUCCUGCCGGCGCACAAGGCGAUGGAGAGCCUAUGGCCCGGGUUCGGCGACCUCGUUUCAGAGGUGCCGAGCCUGCGAGACGCUCAACGCGGAGGGUCGCCGUUGACGGGGCAUGGGUCGCUGAGCGCGAGGAGCAUCAACGAGGGGCAGUGGAUUGAGCUGCUGGAGGCGUGGAUGCGGUGGCCGUUUAAGCCCACGUAUGGGCAGAUGCUGGGGAGGAUGUCGGAGGACGUUGAUGAUGUGGAGGAGGACGAUGUAAAGUCGGGAGCAAUUGCAAUGGCGCCUUAG